AUGCCUUGUUCUCCUAGCGCUGAACCAAGCAACCCUAACAGAGAAGAUCCUGUUGCUGACUCUGUGAAUACCCCACAUGUAAGAAGACCUAAAGAAACUGUAUCUGGCUUCUCCUCAUCCAUCGUUCUUGAGGAACAAACCAAAGAAGAUUCCAGGUAUGUUCACAAUGCCAUUGCCACUAUAGUGACUGGAAUAUUGUCUGGAAAUCUUGAGGAGUCAAAUGUUGACAUACCCUUAGAUAAUGUGGCUGGUGAGGAAGUUCAUGUCACUCAUGAUGUCAGUGACAACCCUAACUGUGAGGCUGAAACAGUAAACCUGGAGGAAUUUUUUGAUAAUGAGUUGUUGUCCUCUGUCCUACCUAGCAUAGCCAAAAGGGUUAGGACUAUGAGAGAAAAGAAAACUGUGGCUCAAAGGUCCCCCAGAAAGAAGAUUGAUGUUCCAACCUCUUCCAAGACAACGGUGGCAGUCGAGAGUUCCCUCAAGAGGAAAGUUCAUGGUCCAACCAAAUCUUGGAGCAAAGUGGUGCCCAAGAAAAAGAAGAUCAAGUGGAAAUAUGUUUAUCAGAAGAGGCUGGCUUUGGAAAGGGAAUUAGCUCAGAAUGUCCUAGACUGUAAGGAUAUUAUGGAUCUUAUUCAAGAGGCUGAAUAUGAUGAUGGCAAGUCUAAGGAAUUCAGGAAAGUGUAUGUGAGAGGCAAGUGUGUAAAUUUCUCUCCUUCAGUGAUCAACAAGUAUUUGGGAAGGCCUGAUGAAGCUCAACCUGAGCUUGAGGUAAGGAAGUGGCCUCUCAAAGGAAAAUUAGUGGCAAGUAAACUGAGUGUCAAGUAUGCAAUGCUGCACAAGAUUGGAGUUGCUAACUGGGUGCCCACCAAUCAUAAAUCUAUAGUUGUUGUCAUGCUUGGAAAGUUUAUAUAUGCUGUUGGAACCAAAGCCAAAUUUGACUAUGGCUCCUAUAUUUUUGAUCAAACUUUGAAGCAUGCAGGAAGCUUUAGUGUGAAGGGUCCUAUAGCCUUUCCUUCUCUCAUCUGUGGCGAGACAUCACGUGUAAGCAAUCAGCCAGGUAAAGCUGUUGUCAUUGCAAUGCUCAAAGAAACCUGCAGGGAAUUAGAGGCAAGGAAGCUGAACUUGGAAAAUUUGAUUAGCUCUUUGGAGAUGACUGAAGGUGAUGUGCUAGCUGAUGGUGGAGAAUUUGGUGAAGCUGUUGCUGUUGUAGAAGAAGCUGAAAGACAAGGUGAAGAGGGAGAAGCAGAUGCCAGUCCUGAUGAUGGCACAGAUGAUGAUGCUGACUCUAAGUCAGAUGACUAG